UGCAAAAUUAAUUUGUUUUCAGUGCGUCCAUUGGCUUUGUUCAAUUCAAAGAAAUAAUAAAAUAUUACUUUUACGGAGAAACACAUUUAAAAGGAAACGCUGUAGAAAUUUAAAGAAAACUAUAGAAAUAUACAAGUUAGUUGUGAGAAAUGGCGGCGUGCCUCACAAAACAUCAAUUGGAACAGCAGAAAAUGUUGGAGCAAUUGAAUGAGAGCGACAGCUAUGAAGAAAAUGAAUUUGAAAUGCCUGCCGAAGAGGAAUCAUUCUCUUUUUCAUGUAGCAGCGCUUGCUGGGUCUGCAAUGGAUAUUAUGGUCCCAAUUUUGACGAACCGCUUUGCGGAACAUGUCAUGCUUUUCUUUACAGCACGCAAGCUGCCGAGGAGCUAGAGACUACGAUUUCAGAUGAUGAGGAUUCAGGCAACGAUGAGCCGCCUUUUAAAGAUAAGCAGGAAGUAGACGAGGAUGAAGAUGACGAUGACGAUGUUGACGACGUAGUGGAGGAUGACGUCGAUGAUGAAGAGGGUGUCGGCAUGUUAGAGGCUGGAAUGGGAAAUGCACCUGCUAUGGCAGCACAAGAAAUGCAGGUUGAUAAUCCUGCACUAUUAGUUGCAGAAGUAGACCCGCCGCGACGUUCACUUGAACGUGACGUUGAGCGUGGAAAUGUCGUGCUGUUACCCAUACAUCGACCACGACCUAUAGCACCACGUUCAUUGCCCGAUUUCCUACAGUUGCUGAGCGAAAGACGUGCCAAUUCACAUGAGGCAGUUGCGCAUGUCGCUGCUCCAAAUAAUAUACUAAUGUUGCCGGUGGAAAUUAUGAUUAUAAUUUUUUCCUACUUGGAUGAUAUGUCUAUGUGGAAGGCGAGUGAAGUGUGCAAGCAAUGGCGUAGCAUUUUGGAGCAAAACACUUCGCAAUUGAUGUGGAUGCGUUAUUUGAAAGAGCGCUGGCCCCUCUUUCAGUGCAUUGUCGAUGUGCCCAAUUGGUUGAAAUUGUAUAGUGCCUUGAUGGACUCGUGUUUCUGUCGCACCUGCUUGCUGCAAAUGGCAUUGAAGUCGCCACCGCGUGCCAGGCAAAAUGCCAUACGCAUGAAUUUCCUGCGUAACGAUGCACACCAACUCAACUGCAAUUCAACGGAGGGCAUUGAUGCCAUACCUCUGGAUAAACAAAAUACUUAUUGGCAAGCAAGCAUCUUGGGGCCUGCUGGUAGUCCAUACGAGGGUGGAAAGUUCUUCCUUUACAUCUUCUUUCCUGAACGCUAUCCGAUGAUUCCACCGACAGUGCGCUUUCUGACGAAAAUCCUGCAUCCGAAUGUUUCACGUCACGGAGAUGUGGGCAUCGAUAUUUUCCAGCACAACUGGUCGCUAGCGUUGAACGUUUCGAAAAUUUUGUUGUCAGUGCAAAGUUUGCUCACAGAUCCAUAUACAGAGAUAUGCAUGGAACCGGAGCUGGGCUAUAUGUAUGAACACAAUCGUGCGCGCUUUGAAAACUUGGCGCGCUCCUGGACCUGGAAGUACGCCAUGUUCGAGUUGAUGCCGCCUUCUUAAGCGUGUAUAUGUGAUUACGCAAAAUGAGUUGCUUUUCAAGAAGCAUUUACGAAUUAAUUAUUUAUUUAUUUUGUGCACAAAUAAUUGUUUAAGUUUAUUUAUUAAUUUAUUAUGUAUGUAUGUAUACAUAAUUUUUAAGGUUGUGUCGCAUUCCCAGAACUAAAAAUAGAACAGAAAGAGGAACAAUAUUUGGAAUCAUUUACCGGACAGCCGAAGCAUUGCGAUAUAUUUUCCUAUAUUAUUAAUUUCAUAUUAGCAGUUCGGAAUCUCAUUUGAUAUGCGAAUUUCCUAUGCAGAACUAAUAACUAUGCAGAAUUAAUAACUAAUCAUUAACCAGCAAAUAUGAUGUUUGAAGUUUAAUAAACAAAUAUCAAAUGCAAAAACAAAAUAUAUAUAUCUAUAUAUUCAAUUCAAUAUGAACGCAAAUGUGUUUAUGUAAAAACAUUUGCAAUAAAUUUAUGAAUAUCGUAUAUGCUUGUAAUGAGCAAUAAGAAAAUUGAUGAAGAAGUAUUUUUAAGUUUGCUGAUAACUAUUUUAAUAGCAAGAAAUAAGUAGUGAUAAAGUUGUGCGACUUAAACGCCGUCAACAUAGACAUAUAAUAUGUAUGUAUGUAUCUAACUCGAAAUAAACAUUAUUUUGUUCUACAAACUA